UAUUCGUCUGUAUAGAGUCGAGACGAGAAAUUCAAGGAAAGGGCUCUAUUGAUAGGCGUUUAGUGUAACGGGACUCCUUUUCGGCGAAAGCAACAAGUGUCUGGAUAUGAAAGCAUAUUCUGAACUAACCAUUCCUAUUUGAAACCGUCCGUUGUAUUGAGAACAAAUACUUAGAUACGUUUUGCUAUAAGUUUGGCUGUUUUGUAUCGUUUCCUUAUUUUUUUGCAGCUCAUUCAAAAUGAGUAAAAAAUAACAUCGUAUCACUUGUACUGUUGACUAACGUUACUUGAAUGAAGACAAUGCUCCUCGACCAUUUAGAGCUUGAAUAGGUGCACUGACCAGCUCGCCAUUGUUUACCUGGUGUCGCGGAGGACCACCUCAAAACAGUGAAGUUGUCUUUUUCAAAAAAGUAUUUUCUUCUGAACCGAUUAAAAAAAAAAAAAAAAUACAACAUGGCAGAACACGAGAGUCUGGAGUUUGGAAAGGCUGACUUUGUUCUUCUGGACAAUGUUUCUUUGGAGGAAUUCAUGGCUAACCUAAAGCUCAGGUUUGAGAAGGGUCGCAUCUACACCUACAUCGGCGAGGUGGUGGUGUCGGUUAACCCUUACCGUGCCAUGAACAUCUACGGUCGAGACACCAUCGAGCAGUACAAGGGCCGGGAGCUGUACGAGCGACCGCCACAUCUCUUCGCCAUCGCAGACGCAGCCUACAAAGCCAUGAAGAGGAGGAACAAGGACACCUGUAUUGUCAUCUCAGGGGAGAGUGGCGCCGGGAAGACUGAAGCCAGCAAAUAUAUAAUGCAAUACAUUGCUGCUAUCACAAACCCCGGGCAAAGAGCGGAGGUGGAAAGGGUGAAAAACAUGCUGCUGAAAUCCAACUGUGUACUAGAGGCCUUCGGCAACGCCAAGACCAACCGCAACGACAACUCCAGCCGCUUCGGCAAGUACAUGGACAUCAACUUCGACUUCAAGGGAGAUCCCAUCGGGGGUCACAUCAACAACUACCUGCUGGAGAAGUCCAGAGUCAUCUUCCAGCAGGAGGGGGAGAGAAGCUUCCACUCUUUCUACCAGAUGGUUAAAGGAGGUCCUGAGUCUCUCUUGCGGUCCCUCCACGUCUCAAAGGACCCCACAGCCUUCAACUACAUCAAAGUGGGAGGCCACAUCAAGUCGUCCAUCGACGAUGGUGGUGAUUUCAAAGCAGUGGCAGACGCCAUGAAGGUGAUCGGCUUCACAGCAGAUGAGCUCCAGACGGUUUACAAGGUCCUGGCCACUAUCCUGCACCUGGGCAACCUGACGUUUGGUGUGGAUGGUGACACAACACUGAUUGAGAACUCCAAGGUGGUGGCGGUGAUCGGGGACCUGCUGGCCACUAAGGAGGAGAAUGUUGAGAAGGCCCUGCUCUACCGCACUGUGGCCACCGGCCGUGACGUCAUUGACAAGCAGCACACAGCCCAGGAGGCCAGCUACGGCCGGGACGCCUUGGCUAAGGCUAUGUACGAAAGAAUGUUCUGUUGGAUCGUGGGAAGGAUCAAUGAUGUCAUCGAAGUAAAAAACUAUGAUGCCAAAGUCCACGGGAAGAACACGGUCAUCGGCGUGCUGGACAUCUACGGCUUUGAGAUCUUUCAGAACAACAGCUUUGAACAGUUCUGUAUUAACUACUGUAAUGAGAAGCUGCAGCAGCUCUUCAUUCAGCUGGUGCUGAGGCAGGAACAGGAAGAGUACCAGCGCGAGGGAAUCCCCUGGAAACAUAUUGACUUCUUCAACAACCAGAUCAUUGUGGACCUGGUGGAGCUGCAACACAAGGGCAUCUUCUCUGUGCUGGACGAGGCCUGUAUGAAUGUGGGCAAAGUCACCGACAAGGUCUUCUUACAGGGACUCAACAGCAAGCUGGCCAAUCACGCCCACUACACCAGCCGCAAGCUCUCCCCGACAGACAAGAGUUUGGAGUUUGACAGAGAUUUCCGUGUCCGGCACUAUGCAGGGAAUGUGGUGUACUCUGUGGUUGGCUUCAUCGACAAAAACAAGGACACUCUCUUCCAGGACUUCAAACGGCUACUGUACAACAGCUCCAACCCAGUGCUGAAAGUGAUGUGGCCGGAGGGCAAGCUGAAGAUCACUGAGGUCACCAAACGACCCCUAACGGCCGCUACAAUCUUUAAGAACUCCAUGAUCGCAUUGGUGGAGAACCUGGCUUGCAAGGAGCCGUACUACGUGCGCUGCAUCAAGCCCAACGACGUCAAGUCGCCCCUGCUGUUCGAGCACGAGCGUUGUCGCCACCAGGUCGAGUACCUAGGCCUACUGGAGAACGUCCGUGUGCGCCGUGCUGGAUUCGCCAACCGCCAGGAGUACCCCCGCUUCCUCCAGAGGUACAAGAUGAUCUCGGAGUUCACGUGGCCUAAUCACGACCUCCCAUCGGAAAAAGAGGCGGUAAAGAAGCUGUUGCAGGGCUGCGGCUUCGAGCAGGACGUGGCGUACGGCAAGACGAAGGUGUUCAUCCGCACGCCGCGCACCCUCUUCUGCCUGGAGGAGCAGAGGACCGAAAUGGUUGGGAGAAUCGUUCUCUUCCUUCAGAAGGUAUGGCGCGGUACCAUAGCCAGGAUGCGUUACCGGCGCAUGCGUGCCGCCGCCAUCAUUCUACGGGCCUACCGGCGCUUCAAAGUCAAGUCUUACAUCAAAGACGUCAACCGCAAAUUCAAAAAUGUGCGCUCCAUGAAGGACCACGGCAAGCAUGUCAAGUGGCCCACGCCGCCCAAAGUCUUGAGGAGGUUUGAAGAGGCGCUGCGGAGCUUCUACAACAGGUGGUGGGCGUGGAUGCUGAUCAAAGACAUGACUCCAGAGGAGAAGCUGCGGAUCAGAGCCAAGGGGGCCACCCUGGAGGCCCUCAAGGACCAGAGACCUGACCUGGGGCUGCAGAGGACCUGGGAGGGCAACUACCUGAAACGAGACAGUCCUGACACAGCGUCCUCCUUCACCUUGGUGUCCAGUGAGCUGCAGCGUAAGGACAAGUUCAUGAGAGUUCUCUUCUCCUGCAACGUGCGCAAGAUCAACCGUUUCCACAAGGCAGAGGACCGAGCCGUCCUCAUCACAGACCGCCACCUGUACAAGAUGGACCCCCUGAAGCAGUACAAACCCAUGAAGAGCAUCCCCCUCUACAACGUGACUGGGAUCAGUGUGUCCCCUGGUAAGGAUCAAUUGGUGGUGUUCCACACUAAGGACAGCCGGGACCUGGUGGUUUGUCUAAAGGGCAUGAUGCCUGCCGGGGACAGCCGCAUUGGAGAGCUGGUGGGCACCCUGCUCAGCCACUUCAAAAGUGAAAAGAGGAAGCUGCAAGUGAAUAUCGCCAGUCCCAUCCAGUGCAGUAUGAACGGCAGGAAGUGCACCAUCAUUGUGGAGCCCAAAAUCAACCAAUCACAGCCAGACUUCACUAAGAGCCGCUCCGGUUACAUUCUGGCAGUUCCUGGAAACUAAAAGGGCCCCUCGGGGGCCACUCGGUCUGUGACGAUGACAAGUGUCAAAUGAAGACUACAGGAACCAUAUAUAUGUUAGGUAUAGAGCUGAUUUGUGAACUAGAUAGCGCCACUGGUUGAGUGGAUGUUUUGGCGUGAUGCAUGGGAGGAUUUGAGCUCUCAGAAUGACAGACGUACCUUUUUUGAAUGGGUAUUUAUUUGACGCAACAACAACAAAAUUCAAUAGGACAUGUAUGAUGUUUAACACAUGCAAAAAACCAACAUUUGUUUGACAGACUCUCACACAUGCACAACAAUAAUUCAUCAAAGAGUAGAUUUUUUCUCCCCUCACUUUUCAAUAUCAAGUUCAUAUGUUUAGUUGGGGCAUUAAUCGUUUUAUAUUACGCUAGCUUUGGUUUAUUUUGAUUAGAAUCAGAUUUUGUUAUUUAUUUGGAUCUAAAGUGGAGAUUUGAUGGAAGUUUUUUUUUAACACUACCCUUUUGUUUUGGACGAGAGGCUCACAGACAGUCCUACAUGUACACAUUGGAAACAAGAACGGGAGAGAAUGUUGUCCCGUGUAUUUCAGAGACAGAACCCGUGUCAGAGGCACAGAUGAGAAGUGUUUAGUCGGUUAGUCACAGGGUGUGGAGUGGGAUGUGUUGAGCAUAUCUUGAACCCGAACGUCACGACGUGCUCUGAGGGGAGCAUUAAAAUCUCAAUUUAAAACCUGUUAUCUGUUCUCUCUGUGUACUGUAUGUACAUUAAUAGUACUCUACAUGCUUAUAGUAUUACGCAAAAUGUACUUAUGAGUGGACUUGCCCCCCCCGCCAGAUUGUGUACGUUUCAUGGCAAUAGUUCUAGAUUGGGGCGGCAGGGUAGCCUAGUGGUUAGAGCUUUGGACUAGUAACCGAAAGGUUGCAAGUUCGAAUCCCCGAGCUAACAAGGUACAAAUCUGUCGUUCUGCCCCUGAACAGGCAGUUAACCCACUGUUCCUAGGCCGUCAUUGAAAAUAAGAAUUUGUUCUUAACUGACUUGCCUAGUAAAAUAAAGGUAAAAUAAAAAAAUAAAAUAAUGAUUUAUUGAUGCAUCGUAAAUGACUUAAUCCAUUAUGUCAACAUUUCAGCACGUCUAUGCUAUAUGACCACAGCCAGAUGCUGUACGUUUUCCAUAGACGACACAGCCAGAUGCUGUACGUUUUCCAUAGACGACACAGCCAGAUGUUGUACGUUUUCCAUAGACGACACAGCCAGAUGUUGUACGUUUUCCAUAGACGACACAGCCAGAUGUUGUACGUUUUCCAUAGACGACACAGCCAGAUGUUGUACGUUUUCCAUAGACGACACAGCCAGAUGUUGUACGUUUUCCAUAGACGAGAGAAAGGAUGUCGACACUGUACCCGCGCAGUAAAUCAGUAGUAUUGUGUUCUUGUGUGACUGACUAGGCCUGCCCACUGGGCACGCACUGGCUAAAUCAACGUUGUUUCCAUGUAAUUUCAAGGAAAUUACUUUGAACCCACUCGGAAUAGACGUUGAAUUGGAAUGGACCAAUUGGAAUAGACGUUGAAUUGGAAUGGACCAAUUGGAAUAGACGUUGAAUUGCCGUCUGUGCCCAGUGGGUAUUGACUUAGACUGAGGUGACAGUGGAGGGAUAUUAUGAACACCGGCAUUUCCCAAGAUCCUUGGCCUACUUCCAGUAGUUCUAGUUUCAGAGUCAAAGCACUGCUGCAGAUAUUGCUCUGUCACUUGGCAUUCUUUUCAGAGUGAAAAAAGUUUUCUCCAAUCACUUUCAAAAUUGCUGCCGAGCGCUAAUUGCUUUGAAUAUCGUCCGGAAAAAUCGGUAUUGUAAUUAGUUAGUUAGCGUCCCUCUCAACUGAUCAAAUAUUCCUUUACCUUGCAGCUAUGGUCUAUGAUGACCUUGUUCUGUUGGAUAAUAAGCCACUUCAGACCAGAAAAUGUCCCUGUAUUGGGGUGAAAGUUGUAGGCUAUGUAUUGUGUUGUGGGCAUUAUCAGGGACGUCACAGUAGUAUCUCUAAUGGCAGGUUUUUAAUAUGUUGCUAGUCGUCAGGGCUGCCUGUAAGACUUGGUUAUUAUGAGAAGGCCAACUAUAGCUAUCCCCCCAUAUCCUCCAGUUAUACAAUAUGUUUUCCGACAGGGCUUCUCUAUUCCACUACUCAUUACAAUGCUCUGUCUGUGACUGUGUGUCACAUCCCACCGAAAUAGGUUUCUCUAUCUCCUGUCUACCGACAUGCCUGUCUUGUAGGGAAGGAUACUUUUGUCUGAGAACAAAAGCCCAGCCUGGCUGCCUCCUCUCCUCCCCUUUUAUUCUCUAUCGCUCUCUCCCUUUCGCCUCACUCCAUCACAUCUUGGCACUAUGCCCGGGUAGGUAGACUGUGCCACUGCAGAGCCGAGGAGGAGUUUACUCUGACCCCCCCCCCACAUGCCCUGAGGAGAGAGGGAAAGGAAGGAGAAGACGAAAGAGAAAGAGAGAGGGAAAGUGCAUCAAUGAAGACACUGAGCUAGAUGAGAUGCCCAAUUUCCCCACUACUACAUCAAUAAGACGGGAACAACACGUGGUUCUUCAGUUGAGUAAGGAUUCUAAUGGUUCACUGACACUCUUUGGGGUGCAGCAUGGAGACUAUUCAUAUCCUGAGUCCUCUACCGUACAUCCAGUGCAAAUGGGAAAAAGUCAUCAAAGUGAAAAUAGGUUACUUUUUCCAUCACGUUUUCCAGAUUUUUUCCCCAGAUUUUUUCCAGUCCAUAGCCAUUUAGUCUCUUACACUCAAUGUUCUAUCAGCUGUACCUUACAGUUUGUGAUCUGUGACUCUAGAAGGUGUUGUGUCUGCUGCAUCCUUGUCCCUCAUUGGUUUGUGUUGGGUUUGACUUGUCUGAUCCAAAGCUUUACCUACAAUCCCUUCAAUUGUUAAUUUUUUUCCUAGCCGGAUAUCACUAACGUUCCUUCAGAAAGGGGUCCCAGUCUAUGCUAUUUCAUUGGGUUUGUUCUGUUGGUAACCCUUUUGAUUACAAUGUGUCCCGUAUUCCCAACUUUUCAUUGUUAAAAUGGUUUAAAUUGUACUGCAAAGAUAUCCGAAAAUGUUAAAUUGGGGAAGAUUGAUAACAUUGUUGCAUCUUCUCAUUUCCUUCAAUAUAUUCAAUACACCAAAUAUCUAGAUGAAUAUAUAGAUAGUUUGAUCAAAUGUACGUGCCUAAUUUUAUAUUUUCAUUAUUUAUGUAAUAUAUCAAUAUUGAUAAUGAAAGAAAAAGUGUUUGGACCAAAUCUGAAGGGAACGUCACUGUUUUAUGUUAUAUGCAAGAGCCACAAUGAUAGUUAUUUGAUGAAUCAUUUGAUUAAUAAAUGUAUUUGCUCAAGUUUG